GAGAUAGAGAGACACGGAGCUCAGCACAGGGGGGAGCUGUCCGAAAAAAAACACACCAACAACACCCCGAAUAAGAAAAACUACCCGGGUUGGUGUCCUUUUUUGUCUUAGACCAGUGAUUUGAUUUGUGUCAGACCAGAUAUCUGCGUAAAUGGUAAGAACGAAGGAAUAAAGUCCGAGGGAAGUGUAUUUUUCUGGGUAAAGUCACCUCGCCAAAUGAACUCCGUCAGAGCGAGCAGCAGGAGACCCAGGCGAGUGUCGAGGCCGCGCCCGGUGCAGCCGGAAAGAAACAACGCAGAAAGAGAUGAGGAUAUCCCUGCAGAUAUGGUUGCAGAAGAAUCCGGUCCAGGAGCUCAAAAUAGUCCAUACCAACUCCGCAGAAAGUCCCUGUUGCCUAAAAGAACCGUGUGCCCUGCAAAAAGCAGUAUGGAGGGAGCCUCCACUUCAGCCACAGAAAAUUUCGGUCACAGAGCUAAACGUGCAAGAGUGUCAGGGAAAUCACAAGACCUUCCAGCCGCCCCUGCAGAACAGUAUCUUCAAGAGAAGCUUCCAGAUGAAGUUGUCCUAAAGAUCUUCUCAUACCUGCUGGAACAGGACCUGUGCCAGGCUGCCUGCGUAUGCAAGCGAUUCAGUGAGCUCGCAAAUGACCCCAUUCUCUGGAAGAGACUGUACAUGGAGGUGUUUGAGUACACAAGACCCAUGAUGCAUCCGGAGCCGGGGAAGUUUUACCAAAUUAACCCAGAAGAGUAUGAGCAGCCUAACCCGUGGAAGGAGAGCUUUCAGCAGUUGUAUAAAGGAGCACAUGUAAAGCCUGGUUUUGCUGAGCACUUUUAUAGCAAUCCUGCCAGAUACAAAGGCAGAGAGAAUAUGUUGUAUUAUGACACCAUUGAGGAUGCACUAGGAGGGGUGCAGGAAGCCCAUUUCGAUGGCCUGAUAUUUGUCCAUUCUGGCAUUUACACAGAUGAAUGGAUCUACAUUGAGUCCCCCAUCACAAUGAUUGGUGCAGCCUCAGGGAAGGUAGCUGACAAGGUUGUCAUUGAAAACACUAGAGAUUCAACGUUUGUGUUUAUGGAGGGAUCUGAAGACGCUUAUGUGGGCUACAUGACCAUCAGAUUCAACCCUGAUGACAAAUCAGCUCAGCAUCACAAUGCUCAUCACUGUUUGGAGAUCACGGUUAACUGCAGUCCCAACAUUGACUACUGUGUUAUCCGCAGCACCUGCACAGUGGGAUCGGCUGUAUGCGUAAGCGGUCAGGGUGCUGGUCCUACCAUCAAACACUGCAACAUCAGCGAUUGUGAAAACGUUGGGUUGUACAUUACUGAUCACGCACAGGGUAUUUAUGAAGAUAAUGAAAUCUCAAACAAUGCGCUUGCGGGUAUCUGGGUAAAAAACCACGGUAAUCCUAUAAUCAGACGUAAUCAUAUCCACCACGGCAGAGACGUGGGAGUGUUUACCUUUGACCAUGGCAUGGGCUACUUUGAGAGCUGUAAUAUUCACAGAAACAGAAUUGCAGGGUUUGAGGUGAAAGCAUACGCUAACCCCACUGUGGUACGCUGUGAGAUCCACCACGGCCAAACGGGGGGCAUCUACGUGCAUGAAAAGGGCAGAGGGCAGUUCAUAGAAAAUAAAAUAUAUGCCAAUAAUUUUGCCGGUGUGUGGAUCACCUCAAACAGUGAUCCGACUAUAAGGGGAAAUGCCAUCUUCAAUGGAAACCAAGGAGGCGUUUACAUAUUUGGUGAUGGGAGGGGCCUCAUUGAGGGAAAUGAUAUUUAUGGAAAUGCCCUGGCUGGCAUUCAGAUCAGAACGAACAGCUGUCCUAUCGUGAGACACAACAAGAUCCAUGAUGGGCAGCAUGGAGGGAUUUAUGUGCAUGAAAAGGGCCAGGGUGUAAUAGAGGAGAAUGAGGUGUACAGCAAUACUCUGGCAGGUGUGUGGGUCACAACAGGAAGCACGCCAGUGCUCAGAAGGAACCGGAUACACAGCGGCAAACAGGUUGGGGUGUAUUUCUACGACAAUGGACAUGGAGUACUGGAGGAUAAUGAUAUUUACAAUCACAUGUACUCUGGAGUCCAGAUCAGAACUGGAAGCAAUCCAAAAAUCAGAAGAAAUAAAAUUUGGGGUGGGCAAAAUGGAGGCAUCCUUGUUUACAACUCUGGGCUUGGGUUCAUUGAAGACAAUGAGAUCUUUGAUAAUGCCAUGGCGGGGGUAUGGAUUAAGACGGACAGCAACCCCACGCUACGCAGAAAUAAGAUCCAUGACGGUCGAGAUGGGGGCAUUUGCAUUUUCAACGGUGGAAGGGGUAAGAAUGGAGAGGAAGAUCUCUCUCUGCUUAUGGGUAACACAGGAAAUCCUACAAAAGCUGAAGGGUUAUUGGAAGAGAAUGACAUCUUCAGGAAUGCACAGGCUGGUGUUCUCAUCAGCACAAACAGUCACCCGGUGCUGCGAAAGAACCGGAUAUUUGAUGGCUUUGCUGCAGGCAUUGAAAUCACAAACCAUGCCACUGCAACCCUGGAAGGCAAUCAAAUAUUCAACAAUAGAUUUGGAGGUUUAUUUCUAGCCUCUGGUGUCAACGUUACGAUGAAAGAUAAUAAAAUUAUGAACAAUCAGGAUGCCAUAGAAAAGGCUGUAAGCAGAGGUCAGUGCCUGUACAAGAUUUCCAGUUACACCAGCUACCCCAUGCACGAUUUCUACAGAUGUCACACCUGUAACACAACAGACCGAAAUGCAAUUUGUGUGAAUUGUAUUAAGAAGUGCCACCAAGGGCAUGAUGUGGAGUUUAUACGGCAUGAUAGGUUUUUUUGUGACUGUGGCGCAGGUACAUUGUCCAAUCCUUGCACAUUGGCCGGAGAGCCGACCCACGACACGGACACUCUUUAUGACUCUGCACCUCCCAUAGAAUCCAAUACGUUACAGCACAACUGAGACUGAGCUCAUCCUCCAUCACAGCCUCCUGGUCUUUAUUUUACCUGCCCAUGGAUCCAGAGCGCCUGCCAUUUCUGGGCCAGUGAGACCUAGUGUGCACAGUGUGUGUGGAUAACAAAUACGUCAGACUUUGAAUUUUAAUAAUUUUAAGAGAACUGUCUUGGGAAAGGUGAAUCACAGAACUCUGUAACCGUGUAAAGCUGCCUCAGUACUGGAUGCGGACUCCUGUAUAUUGCUAACCGAAACGGUGUCCUGGAUGCAAGGUGUUCUAUUUACGUCGCUCUCAACGUACAGAAAAAGGAUGCUUGGGAGAUUUGGAAGAGUAAAAUAUUGUGAAGCAAUAUGUUGACUCAGGAUUAAGGAGAAUACGGAGGUGAUACCACAGUGGUAUUGAGUUUGGGAAGGAAGUAAAAACUUGCUCCGUUCCGUCUCACGCUGCGCGCCUGCCCGUUGGAGAUUCAAGAAGAGUUCGGCUGCGGUAUAUGUACAGACCUGACCACGGCCGGGGCCACUAGGAGCUAUAGAAAGCCGUUUCUGGGAUUAGAGGCAGAGCCGUACCACUAUGGCUUCCUCCACGACUGUUUUUUGACAGCUGAUGUGCUGAAAUAUAUGUAUGAUAUAAAAAAUUAACAAAAAACAAUGUGAUUAGCACUUGCUUUUUUUUAAAAUGUUAAUAUGUUAUUCUGAUCUACAAAUAUGAUUUUAAUGCUUUCUCAUGUAGUUUUGUAUUUUCAGGCAAAAAAAAUCUUACUGUAUUUGAAUGUCUUUUAUUUUAUUAUAUAUUAUUAUUAUUAUUAUUAUUAUUAUUAUUGUUAUUAAUAUUUUUGUUAGCACACGUUAGGCUUGCUGUAAUCGUACUCAUGUCUCAGCAUAUAAGUUCUUUCUGUGAAAGAGGAAUAUCGAAGAAAAGAUCAGAAAACACUAAAUUGUCCUCCAGGCUUUAUUUUGUUUUUAUGAGGCGACAUCUUUUAAGUUAAGUUAACUUCUUUAAAGUGACUGAUUGAGGUGUGCAACUUGUGUUUGGUGUGUUUCCGCAGCUAUAAGAAGGGUUAUUUUGCCUGUUGCAUUCUCAUUCUCAGUAAUUCACUUUCGAAAUGUUUGGAGCGUUCAUUUCCAAGCUGUUUGAAGUGUUAACCAAGGAUCCAAAGAACUCUAAAACAUUUGUGCACACAGAAUGUAAAAAACAUCCCAGAGCAUUUUCAUUUAGUCCUUAAGUGAUUUAAAAUGCAAACAACAUUUUUAUUUAUUUUAUUUUUUGCAUUUAUUGCAUUACUUGUGCCUGUUUCAAGUAUGAUAAAGAAUUUUUUUUUAAAGCCUCGCUGGAGUUAUAUUGGGGACUUCUGGUCCCUUUAAAGCUGAGACGAGUAUCUCUACAGCCCCAUUGUCUUUUUUGCCCCUCAAACUCCAUCUAUGUGUAAUGUGGUGACCGUGGCUUCUCAUGCAGCCUGAAUUUUAUGCAUGUGUACCAUAACAUCUAGACUUAAUAUAUUGUGAAGUCUUCAAUAACCAUUAUGUAGAUGCUAGUAUGAAUUUAAAAAGGGUUUAAUUUCCUAGAAAAGAACAGAAACUGGUCAUUUUUAAGAAAAUAAACUUUAUUAGAUCAAA